ACAUGUUUUUUAUUUGUUUGUUUCAGGAAUAUUUAUUCUUUUUUCUAAUCAAUUUUUUUUCACUUUUUUUAAUCAUCAUUCAGCAAUUUUGAUGUCGGAAAAGGAUAAAAGUUUUCAAAAACUUGAAGAACGAACAUUGGUAGUUCGAAAUUUUGAUCCCAAUCUAACAACUAAAGAAUUGUUGGAAGAAUUAUUCUCCAAUUUUGGACCGAUCAAUAAUGUUGUUCUUAAACGUGAUUUUGUCUUUAUUGGCUACACUAAGCCAGAAUCGGUUGCCUAUGCUUUAGCAAUGAUGUGGGGAAUCAGUCUACAUGGUCGACGUCUAAAUCUCUCGCCAAAACUUUCAUCCGAAUCAUACUAUUAUCGUUAUCUGGAUUCUCUUCAAACAUUUGAACAAAAAUGCCAUACAGAUAAAAAAUUUCUUGAUCAAUUUUUAUCCGCUAAACAACAUAAUGAACGAAAAUCCAUUGUAAAAAAAUAUUCGAAUUCAAGAAAAGAUCAUGAAAAAAUUGUUGCUCGAUUACGGCGUUAUCGACGUCAUUAUGAUUCAGAUUCCGAUUAUAAUCCACAUUUUGAUAAAAAAUUGUUAGUUGACAAUGAUAAUCGUUACGGCUAUAAUCAUCAUGAUCGUUAUAACGAAUUUCCGGAACAUUCUAUGUUACUGUCGCCACCACCAUCAAUGCAGCCAUAUCCAGCUGGAUCACCAUAUGAUCAUCAUUAUAAUAAUAAUGCGAUAUUAUCAAUGCCACCACCACCACCACAAUCUCAACAGCCCAUUUAUGAUCCUCAUUUUACUCCUUAUGAUUGUCCACCAUAUAUGCCAUCAACAUCAUUAACACAUAGUCAUCAAUAUCCUGGUCCAUCACCACCAGGGCCAUAUUAUGAUGAUUAUCAGGUAGCUACAAGUCCGCCUGAUCCACCUAUGGAUUAUGGAUAUCCAUAUGAUGGACCACCACCAACAACUCGAGAAAAAAAUUAUCGUAGCAGAGGUCGAUAUCGUUAAUUUUAUUAUCAAAUGAUGAAUUCAAAAUCCAUUUGAUAAAUUUUCUUUUCAAUCAAUAUUAUGGAUACCUCAGAAAAUUUUUUUCAAUUCAAAAUAACAAUUUUAUACAAACCAAUAGUGCGAAAAUGAAAACAAUUUUUUAUACAUAAAUUAAAAUGGGUUUCAUUCACAA